GACAGCAAUUGCACCUUUUCCACAAGAGCGGACCAAACCCCCCAUAACAUGCGACCAGCGAGGAGGCUGCAGCCAUCCGGGACGGUUGUACUGGCGAGCAUCAUCGGACAAACACUGACGGCAUUUAGUCAUGGCUGGAUCUGGACCCUGCGACUGCUCUUAUCCUCUGCGGAAUCUUCGCGCUGGUAUUUCUUUUUCUUUUUUCUGGUCUUUUGCCAAUAUUCGGCCGGUUGAGAAUCUUUUGAUUUGCAUUGGAUUCUCUGGGCGGCGAACAUUAGAUGUGUUCUCAGACUGGCUUUUUAUACUCCUGUUCCUGUCGCUUCUUUUUUGCGUGACUGUUUCUGCAGGGCUGUUAGUGGAUGACACCAAUCUCUGCAAGCUCACACGCCUAGGUUGCUCUUGUUCCUGGAGUGAAUGGUGUAUCGUUCUCUGUGUGGUGUUAUCAACCCCUGUUACCAACGCCUGUCUCAGUGAAUGUUAACUCAUUUUUUGCUGGCCAGUGAUUCACCGAUCUUUAACACGGUCUUCCUUUCUGUUUAUUUCUUUGGAUCCUCUGCUCUCUUCUUUUCUUUCUUAAUCUCUUCGCUGUGGUUGUGUUCUCUUUACUUCCAUCCCUCUACUUCUAGCUCUC